AUGACGGAGAUAUUGCCACAUGUAAAUGAUGAAGUGCUACCAGCGGAGUAUGAACUGAAUCAACCAGAACCAGAGCAUUGUCCUGGUCCAGAAUCAGAGAUGGCAGGUAAAUCCGAUGCCUGCGGUGGUUGUUCCAAUAAAGACAUUUGUGAAAGUCUUCCGAAGGGCCCUGAUCCGGACAUUCCAUUAAUUACAGAUAAUUUAUCAGGAAUUGAACAUAAAAUAUUAGUUCUAUCUGGUAAGGGUGGUGUUGGCAAAUCAACUUUUGCUACAAUGUUGAGUUGGGCACUUUCGGCUGACGAAGACUUACAAGUAGGUGCUAUGGAUCUAGAUAUAUGCGGACCCUCACUGCCACAUAUGCUGGGUUGUGUUAAUGAGACCGUGCACGAAUCGAAUUCCGGUUGGACACCCGUCUAUGUAGCCGAUAACCUAGCCACCAUGUCCAUCCAAUAUAUGCUCCCAGAAGACGACUCAGCUAUUAUAUGGAGAGGUUCGAAAAAAAACUUGUUGAUAAAGAAAUUUUUGAAAGACGUUGAUUGGGAUAGACUAGAUUAUUUGGUGAUCGACACUCCGCCUGGAACGUCCGAUGAACACAUAUCAAUAAACAAAUACAUGAAGGAGUCCGGAAUAGAUGGUGCCCUUGUGGUCACUACUCCUCAAGAAGUGGCACUGCUAGACGUACGAAAAGAGAUAGAUUUCUGCAGAAAGGCUGGCAUUAAUAUUCUUGGAUUAGUGGAGAAUAUGAGUGGAUUUGUAUGUCCAAACUGUAAAGGGGAAUCUCAAAUAUUUAAGCCUACAACAGGUGGUGGUGAAGCGCUUUGUAAGGAAUUGGGAAUUCAAUUUUUGGGGUCCGUUCCCUUGGAUCCAAGGAUUGGCAAGAGUUGCGACAUGGGUGAAAGUUUCUUGGACAGCUACCCUGACAGUCCUGCUUCAACUGCCGUACUCAACGUCGUGGAAGCUCUUCGAGAUGCAGUAGGGGAUAUUUAG